AAGCAUAUCGCGAUUAAGCUAGUCAUGAAUCAUUUGAAAGGCGAAAUUGCACUUUUCCACAUACAAUGCUCGCAACGCUUAAUUGACUGAAAGCGAGAAAGAUUAAUUGAAAUUUCCUUUUUUCGAGGCGUAUUUCCAUCCAUUAAAAUGAGAAAAUGUAUUGCGACCCGGUAUCAUAUGCAUUUGACCAGCAGAAAGCAAAAUCUUUCGAACUGAUGCAUCUAAUUUAGGAUUACUUGUAAAAAUAGAACUUUCGCUUUUUUUGGAAUCGAUUUAUUGCUCAAUCAGUUUCGGCCUUUGAGUAUGGCUUCAGGAAGACCCAUUAAAUGCGUUGUUGUCGGCGACGGUACGGUGGGAAAGACAUGUAUGCUCAUCUCGUAUACAACCGACAGUUUUCCCGGCGAGUACGUUCCCACGGUAUUUGACAACUACUCUGCUCCGAUGGUAGUGGAUGGAGUGCAAGUUUCCCUCGGACUAUGGGAUACAGCUGGUCAGGAAGAUUACGAUCGGUUACGACCUUUGUCGUAUCCUCAAACGGAUGUGUUUCUCAUAUGCUUUAGCGUUGCCAGCCCAUCUUCGUUUGAAAAUGUUACUUCCAAAUGGUAUCCAGAAAUCAAACAUCACUGCCCCGAUGCACCAAUCAUUCUUGUUGGUACUAAGAUCGAUCUACGCGAGGAUCGUGAAACACUGAGUGCGCUUGCUGAGCAAGGACUGUCGGCGCUGAAACGUGAACAGGGUCAAAAACUAGCUAACAAAGUGCGCGCCGUCAAAUACAUGGAGUGUUCGGCACUGACUCAGCGUGGUCUGAAGCAGGUAUUCGACGAAGCCGUUAGAGCAGUACUUCGACCAGAACCGCUCAAACGGCGCCAACGAAAAUGUGUUGUGAUGUAAAAACAGAAGAUGUCUUUUAACGAGAUUCGAAUACUUCCGACAUCUCUUGUACAUAGGAUUAAGUAGCGGAAAAGAACUGGAGAAUCACAAACAAAACUCACAAGCAAAUUCCAAACACAACAAUAUUCAAAAUCUUAGUUUAAUGAAUCUCUGCAUAUGGUUUUAAAAGCAUGAAGCGAGUACAUAAAAGGAGAUGAAGAAUAAGUCCCUAAACAACCAAAUAUUAGGCAAACCUUUUAAACUGUUCUACCGUUAAACAGAAAUUCGAAUCACUUGAAAACAUUUUUUGUGCCAUCGUAACUAACCACGAGCGAAUUGUAAGGACAUGUUUUAAGAAAAUCUGAAUACCUCACGCCUCAUUACGACCAAAUUUUCAUUUUCCACGUUUCGCCACAACAAAGACUGUGUUUCUAAUCUGAUAGAGUAACAACCGAAGAUGAAUAACAAAAAUCAAAGCACCAAUUUUACGCUACCGCUCGAAACAUAUAGUUCUCACAAAGACACGAAAGAAUUGUGAAUACAUUUAUGGCUAACCGCAAAUUGAUGAACACAAAGGACAUAGAUCUGCAAGGCCUAUCUAGGACAUCUGUCGUUCUUUGCGAAUUUACUGCAUUUCAUUUUUUAACCAGAUUUGUAAUGCUAAAAUAAAAGCUAAAGCCUAACCUGCAAGCAUGCAGGAGUUAUAUUGAUACAGAAAACUUGUUCAAUUAGUGCAAAAAAAUGCUCAUAACAUUUUUGAAGCUUUUCCCCCACAUGUUAGUGUGUACUAGCAGUUCACAGAAUGUACACGUACAUUUUUGACAUGCUUACAACGAAAAGGUUGCAUUAACAAAAAAAGCACAAUGUACGUGUCUAUUUUGUAAUCUGCAACUUUAUGCAUGGCAUUUUAUCUUUAUUCCAUAGGUUGACUUUUGAUAAACACAAAUACACGUACAAAUCAAUGUUCGGACAGCAUUAGUCAUUCAAAAUGUAUGACAUUUUCGACCUUAAUUUUAACACCACUACUGGUAACGAGACUGAACAGGUAGAAACAAAUAUUUCCCUCAAACAAUUCCCUGAUUCGGAUUUUUUUUUCUGUCAGCAACGCAAACCCCAAAAAUAUACUUAUUAAAAAGCCAAUCAGAAUGGAACAGAGCAGCGAGACAAAAGAGAAAGAGGAUAAGCUAACGAUAACGUUUCUAAGUGAUAGGGUCAAAGUGCCAUUAGUAAUCAUAUGCUCCCAAAUUGAUUAAAUUCGAAAACUAAGCGAUUAUUGCAUCGAUCGUUCUUGUUAUUACGUGAUCACUUCUAACAAAACCUGCACAAAAUGAAUCAAAACAAAUAACGCUUCAAGUAUUCGUUUUGCGUACAUCUGUUUGUGGUAUUUUUAAACGCUUGCUGCAAGUUGAGGAUCUCAGCUCUUUUUAACAAUCAUUCAGUACAAUUCAAUGCUUCCAUUGAUUAUCUGAAGUUAUUGCUUAAAAUGUAUCCUUUUUCUUUUAGUCUGAUGCUCUGUCUGCAGUACAUUCAUUAACAGAAAAAACACACUGUUUGCAAAAAAACGGCAUAUGAAUUUGUUUCCGAUAAAAGUGAAUAGAAACUAUGUAUAUCUAGUCAGUAGUGCCCCAAGAAAAAUGAAAUCAAUCUGAUAGAAACCAAUAAAGGCACUAAUCAAAAUAAGAAAAAAGAAGUUAAAGCAAAACAGCCAACAGAGAAAGUCAAUUUCUAAGUUCACAAAGUACGAACAAAAUGACAACUUUCUGUUCUAGAAUACUCAUCGUAUGUAUCAUUUAGGUGUGUUGCAAGUGAUUUUCAUUCAUAAAAUCAAAACUGAUUUCGUCAUAUCAUCAAAAACUAUAUUACGUAUGUAUUCAAAAGUGUACGGUACAGUGUUAAAAUUUGAUUCUCACAUCCAACUUACCAUUAAGUGAUCAUUAUGAUAGUCCUCCAAUGAUGGGAAAUGGUUAUGAUUUCAACUACUCGUGUAAAACUUACCCAUUGGCGGAUGCUUCAAACGAACUGCGAAAAGAGCGUCAUCGGAAGGGCAUUUGCGUAUGUUAAUGAUAGAACUAAUAUUUGUUUUGUAUUGAUAAAAUAUGUAUUUCUCGUACGGUUAUCAUUUUAACUACUCCAUUUGACAUGACACAUGAAACAAUGUACUCUCGAAAGCAGCUGCUAAUUUAUGCUAUAUGAUUCCCUAGGUUUGUUCGUUUUAUUAAUUUAAUUUCUUUCUUAAGCAUUUAUGAUCUAUUCUUAUUAUUGUAUUGCUAAUUACAGUAACUUUUUCUAUGAUUGUAGCAUAUAACUAUGAAAUAUAUAUUUUUUUCCGAAAAUGUGA